CACCUCCAUUUUCAUCAAUCAAAUUCCUACGUUACAUAUCCAAAUUUGACGUUGAUCUACGUCACUUCAUCUCAUCUUCUCUCCGAUUUUCCGAUCACCGACAUAGAUCGUGAAAAUGGCGUCACAAGGGACGGAGAACGGGGAAUUUAGCUUUCCUAGAACGCCGAAAGGACGGAACGGACUUCCGAAGAUUCAGACGCAUGGCAAAAAGGAAGACCAGAUCUGUCAUGACGAUAGUGGACCGCCGGUAAAAGCUCAGACGAUCGACGAACUGCAUUCACUUCAGAAGAAGAGAUCUGUUCCGACUACGCCGAUCAAAGGCGGAACUCAGCCAGCUUUUAAUGCUGUUUCCGAAGAAGAACGCCAGAAACAGCAGCUUCAAUCGAUUAGUGCAUCGUUGGCUUCGUUAACGAGGGAAACGGGGCCGAAGGUGGUGAGGGGAGAUCCGGAUCGGAAACCUGAAACUCCGAGAGCUCACGUGACUCACCAACACCAUCACGUGCACGCUCCUACUCUGAGUACCAGUGAUAGUUCUCUCAAGUUCACCCAUAUCCUCUACAACCUAUCCCCUGCUGAACUUUACGAGCAAGCCAUAAAGUAUGAGAAAGGAUCGUUCAUAACAUCUAGUGGUGCUUUAGCCACGCUCUCUGGUGCGAAAACUGGGCGAUCACCGAGGGAUAAACGCGUUGUCAGAGACGAGACAACCGAAGAUGAACUUUGGUGGGGAAAGGGGUCUCCAAAUAUUGAGAUGGAUGAACACACUUUCUUGGUGAACAGAGAAAGAGCUGUGGAUUACUUGUGCUCGCUUGAUAAGGUUUACGUGAACGAUCAGUUUCUCAACUGGGAUCCAGUACAUCGUAUCAAAGUCCGUAUUGUAUCUGCCAGAGCUUAUCACUCAUUGUUCAUGCAUAACAUGUGCAUCCGACCGACUCCUGAAGAGCUGGAAGAAUUUGGUACUCCGGAUUUUACAAUAUACAAUGCUGGGAUGUUCCCUUGUAACCGUUACACUCAUUAUAUGACGUCCUCCACAAGUAUCGAUCUCAAUCUUGGUAGGAGGGAGAUGGUCAUCCUUGGAACCCAAUAUGCGGGUGAGAUGAAGAAAGGUCUUUUCGGUGUGAUGCAUUAUCUCAUGCCUAAACGCCAAAUCCUCUCCCUACACUCCGGUUGCAAUAUGGGGAAAGAUGGUGAUGUAGCACUCUUCUUUGGAUUAUCAGGUACGGGCAAGACCACACUGUCCACGGAUCACAACAGAUAUCUAAUUGGAGACGAUGAGCACUGUUGGAGUGAAAACGGUGUGUCAAAUAUCGAAGGCGGUUGCUAUGCCAAGUGUAUUGAUCUAUCAAGGGAGAAGGAACCUGAUAUCUUCAAUGCCAUCAAGUUCGGGACAGUGAUGGAAAAUGUAGUGUUUGAUGAGCAUACCCGAGAGGUCGAUUAUUCAGACAAAUCUGUAACAGAGAACACCCGGGCGGCAUAUCCUAUAGAAUACAUACCAAAUGCUAAGAUACCGUGUGUCGGGCCUCAUCCGAAGAACGUCAUCCUGCUAGCUUGUGACGCGUUUGGCGUGCUCCCGCCUGUGAGCAAGCUAAACUUAGCUCAAACCAUGUAUCAUUUUAUAAGUGGUUACACUGCUCUGGUGGCUGGAACAGAAGACGGAAUCAAGGAGCCACAGGCAACAUUUUCAGCCUGUUUUGGUGCAGCAUUUAUAAUGCUUCAUCCAACCAAGUAUGCAGCCAUGUUGGCUGAAAAGAUGAAAAAGCAUGGUGCAACCGGAUGGCUUGUUAACACCGGUUGGUCAGGUGGAAGUUAUGGAUCGGGUAAGCGUAUAAAGUUGGCAUACACUCGGAAAAUCAUUGAUGCAAUUCAUUCUGGGAGCCUUUUGGAAGCAGAGUACACCAAGACCGAGAUUUUUGGGCUUGAAAUCCCAACUGCGAUUGAAGGUGUUCCUUCGGAGAUUCUUGAUCCUGCAAACACGUGGCCGGACAAGAAGGCACACUUGGAAACACUAACCAAGUUGGGAGGAUUGUUCAAGAAGAACUUUGAGGUGUUCUUGAACUACAAGAUUGGAUCAGACAACAAUCUCGCUGAUGAAAUCUUGGCUGCUGGUCCAAACUUUUGAUAUCCCAAUUUCAUCAUCAUCAUAUAAAUAAGAUCAUAUAUAUAUAUAUAUAUAUAUAGAGAGAGAGAGAGAGAGAGAGAGGGGGAACACCUUGAAAAAACUCCAAAAAUUGAAAAACUGAGGAACACUUUGAUAAGUUUCCAUCUGGAUGAUAUGCAAAUGUGGAUACAAGUAAUUGAAAUUGUUUGUUGGUUAACAUAAACAUGCACACGUGCAUACUACACAAAUGGCUUACAGAUUACCUGUAUGCACGUAUGCAUAUCGUCCAGAUGAACGGUUACCAUGGUAUUCCUCAGUUUUUCAUUUUUUUUUUUUUGAGGUUUUCCCUU